UGUCUGAGGCUCCCGGAGCAGCGGGGGAAUCCCGGCCUCACACAGGAGAAACUGCUCGGGGAGCUCACGGCCGGAGGGGAGAGCCCUCAGCGAGGCGGAGCGGAGCGUGUCUGGGGAGGAGAGGGGAUGAAAGCGUCCUUAGGAUGAGCGGGAAGGCUCCCCCGGGCCUGGAGGGCAGGGUCCGGAAAACACUGCAGAAGGUCUUCGGGUUCGAGUCCUUCAAGACUUCCCUGCAGGAAAGUGCGACCAUGGCUGUGGCCAGAGGAGAGAAGGAUGUCUUUGUGUGCAUGCCCACAGGGGCAGGGAAAUCCUUGUGCUACCAGCUUCCUGCAGUUCUGGCAGUGGGAAUCACCAUUGUCAUUUCACCUCUGAUUGCAUUGAUUCAGGAUCAGGUGGAUCACCUGCUGGCUCUGAAGAUCAAAGCCUGCUCUCUGAACUCCAAGCUGUCUGCCCAGGAGAAGAAAACCAUCCUGGCUGACUUGGCAAGUGAGAAGCCUCAAGUAAAGCUCCUGUACAUCACCCCAGAGAUGGCAGCUGCCUCUUCCUUCCAGCCAACACUGAACUCCCUGGUGUCCAGAAACCUCCUGUCCUACCUGGUCAUCGAUGAAGCUCACUGUGUGUCCCAGUGGGGACACGACUUCCGCCCCGACUACCUGCGCCUGGGCUCCCUGCGCAGCCGCAUCCCCCAGACCCCCUGCGUUGCCCUGACUGCCACUGCCACCAAGCAGGUCCAGGAGGACGUGGUGGCAGCGCUCAAGCUCAAGCAGCCACUUUCCACCUUUAAGACUCCUUGCUUCAGAUCUAAUUUGUUCUAUGAUGUGCAGUUCAAAGAGCUCCUGACUGAUCCGUACGCUGACUUGAAGGAUUUCUGUCUGAAGGCGCUUGAAGUGAAGGGCACCACUGGGGUGUACGCCGGCUGUGGCAUCGUGUACUGCAGGAUGAGGGAUGUGUGUGACCAGCUGGCCAUUGAGCUGAGCUACCGAGGGCUGAAAGCCAAGGCCUACCAUGCAGGCCUCAAGGCAGCUGACAGGACUUCUGUCCAGAAUGAAUGGAUGGAGGAGAAGAUCCCUGUCAUUGUUGCAACCAUCAGUUUUGGAAUGGGAGUAGACAAAGCAAACGUCAGGUUUGUUGCCCACUGGAAUAUUGCCAAGUCAAUGGCUGGAUAUUACCAGGAGUCUGGCAGAGCUGGGAGAGAUGGAAAACCAUCCUGCUGCCGCCUCUAUUACUCCAGGAAUGACCGGGAUCAAGUCAGCUUCCUGAUCAAGAAGGAGCUCUCUAACAUCCAGGAAAAAAAAGGCACCUUAAAAGAGUCUGACAAAGCUGUGAUGACAGCUUUUGAUGCCAUCGUGAACUUCUGUGAGGAGCUGGGCUGUCGCCACGCUGCCAUAGCGAAGUACUUCGGCGACGUCACGCCACCUUGCAACAAGUGCUGUGACUUCUGCAAGAACCCAGGGGCAGUGAAAAGACAACUGGAGGCACUGGAAUGCUGCAGCAACAGCUGGAGCAAAACCUGCAUCGGGCCCACAAGAUCCUCCUGGGAUAGCUACGACCCAGAGCUGUAUGAGGGCGGGAGGAGAGGCUGCAGAGGCUUCAGCAGGUAUGAUGAAGAGGGCAGUGGCAAUUGGGAUGAAGACAAUGAGGAGCGUCGGAAACGGGAGUGGGACAACUUUUACAAGAAACAGAUGAGUCUGCGCAAAGGCAAAGAACCAGAAAAGGAAGAUUUUGUUCCUCCAAGUGCAGACUGUCCCCUGAAGGAUGCUGCCAGCAGGAGGAUCUCCAAGCUCACUGUGAAGGGCCGGGAACACUGCUUGAAGAUGCUGGAAGAAGCUUUGAGCAACAACCAAAAGACUCUAGCAACAGAAGGAAAAUGGUCAGACCCUGGUGCCUGUGCAGUGGAAAUGGAAUAUGAAGCUUUCAGGACCAGCAAAAUGGCAAAUUCCUACAAGGCAGCUGUGCUGAAGAAGGUGGCAGAAAUCAAUAAAGCCUCCAAACAAGGGGAAUUGUUCUCAGUCUUUGGGUCUGGAACAAGUGGUAACAGCAAUUUGGAAACAAAAUCUGUGUCUCUAGCAGAAGAAGACUUUGUCCCUGCAUCCCAGGUUCCCUCAUUCAAACCCAAGCGUGUGGGCGCAGGAUUCCCAAAGAAAUCCAGCUUGUUCCAGACAGCUUCAGAACUGCUGAAGACCCAGGAGGAGAGUGAUGCAAAGCCUGUCAAAAAAGACUGUCCAAGUGGGCAAGACAACAGCAGCUACAGUCUGGAGCUGGACACCAGAAACCCUGUUCUCCAGAGGGAAGAAGCUGUAACCAAAGCAGUGGAUGAGAGUGCAGGGGUAGAACUACACCCAGAAAAGAAGGGACAACAACCCAGUCCAGACACAAAAACUGCCCUUGGGGAUAGUCCUGCUAAGAAGUUCAAACGCAGCAAGAAGCAACAAAUGCUCGCAGAAGCAGCUAAAAAGGAAUCACAGGAUAUUUCCAAAUUCUUCUCCCUCCCCAAAGGUGCCUCUAAAGCCCAAAGCUGCAGUGUAGCAAAGGGAGAUGGCUCUUGUGCAAGCACACUACCUCAGGUUUCUUCUCAAAGCAUGUGUCAAGGGAAACCAACACCUCAGGAAAACAAAGGCUCUGGAGAUCUGACUGGGCAGUUCCAGACAGAGAAUAAAGAACUGAGAGAAACAGAAGUAACACUGACUGAGAGAGGGGAGAAUUUUAAGACCCAGCAGGCUGCUGAAUCUGAAUUUCUUGAGGAGGAUAUGGAUGUGAAGACCAGUGUUACUGAAAAUGUUGCAGACACUGAGCUACCUGUUGUUGGGGAAGGUGACAGUGGGAAGCGGCCAGGAUCAGAUGAGGAUACGGAAAGUCCUGCAAAAAAGCGGCUCCGGACAGCAGCAAAAUCUUCAAUUCUGACCCAGCCAGAGGGCAAAAGCGCUGGUCCAACAAAGAAGAAGGUGACUUUUGACUCAAACUUAGCACAGUGUGAUAAAGAAGGAAUCAGCAAGACCAUACAGCCAGUGACCAAAGGCAUGUCCCUCAAAGAGACUGCAGACAUCGUUGUCAAGUAUUUGACCCCGUUCUACAAGGGGGGAAAAUUUGCUUCCAAGGAUCUCUUCAAGGGCUUUGCCAGACACCUGUCUCACUUACUGACCCAGGAGCAGAGUCCUGCCCGCAAGACAGAUGUUGUUUCCUUUCUUGUAGUGAAAGAGGAAGCACAGAGACUCAUCAAGGAGUUUUUCAAAACAAGGCUCAGGUGUGAGAGUGAGGCAGACUGGGAGGAGCUGCAGAGCUGGGAGAGCUGAUCCCUGCUGCUUGUUGGCUCUUCCUUUCCUGCAGCAGCACUACCGGGGAUGUGAAAGAACUCAGCCAUGGAGGGUUUCAUAAGACUGCAGAAAUGAGAUUUAUUUUUCUUUUCUCCACUGCAUUUUUGUUUACCUCUGUCCUUAGUGACACAUAAAGAACCAGAUUUUGUGAACUCAUGGUGAGUUUCCCCAAUAAAUGGGGUGCUGAAACCCUCAAGGACCAAGAAGUGUGAAGUUGUACCUGCUGUGUUUGUUAGGGGCUGCUGCCUUGGAUGUUCUGCACUGUCUCCAACCUCUGCUACCUGCAGCAGCCUGGGCAGGGCUCAGACUUUCCACUUGGGAUUCUGCUUUGGGAUGGCACCUUGCUUUCUAAAUGGCUCCUCCCCUUGCUCCCCCUCCCUUAUUUCAGUGUCACCAGUAGAAGCCUUAUGCUACAAGUUUUCGUGCUUUGCUCAGGGCUGCCAGUGACAAACUCAAUGUUUGAGUUCCUGGAUGGAAUAUUUUCAUUUGAAGAGCAGAGGAAGAGCAUUUUGUAAUUACCAUGGAGGUGGUGCUUGGUUUCUAGAGGAGGAAAAACUCAGAUUCUUUUCCUUUUAAUAUGAACUUCUUUAAGUUUGUCCAGUUCUGUCUGCCCUUUAAUUUAAGUGGUGAUACUCUUUCAGUAUUAACCUCUGCAACACUUCCAGCCUUUGCUUGUAAUCCCUAAAGCCAUAUUUGCUCCCUGUGCCUCACCAAAAGUCUGCAGGACGGGGGACAGUGCUGCUGUUACAGCUGGGUAAGGUUCUGCUGUGACCCUCAAACUGACACUGUGGUACCUCUGCUGCUAUGCUUAUAUGGAGCCUGAACCUGAUUCUCUGGCACAAGUCCUUCCUUCUGGAUUUUUGUUGGGUUCUCCCUCUAUUCCAUACCUACAGGGGCUGGUGGCCUCAGGCUUCCAGAGAAAUGUGCAGCCUCAGAGGCUGCCCAGGGGUUCGGAUCACUGUACUCCACAGAUGUAUUUUUUUUAAAUAUUCUGAAGGGUAUAUGCAGAAUUGACAAUAAAGCAAUGUUACAACUGCUGUGGAUUGUUCCUGGAAGCUUUUUCUUAUCAUUCAGUCCCACAGACUGGUCAGAGGUACAUUAAGCAGCACUCAAAGGGAAGCACCUGCCAGGGAAUUUGCUGUAGUUCCCACUGACAUCAGCUCACCAGCAAAAGUCUAACUGUGCAUCAGGGCUUGUACUGAGCACCCUCAGAUCUGUUCCUCUUCCCUGCUGACAGUGACAACAUUUUCCUCAAGCUUUGCCCAUUACCUGCAGUUAAGUUUUCCCUGGUUAGAUGUAAGAUCUAUCAUAUCAUGCCUUCAGAACAUCUCUGUGAUUAUUUUAUUGCAAUCUCCUAAAGGGCAGUUACACCUCAGGUCAUUAGAAGAGCUGUGGCAAUAAAAAUAAAUUAAAUAUUUUUAUACAACCCAAAACACUUGAGUAUAGUACAAGUUCUGUUUGAAGAUGCUUCCUCCAUGGGCAUGGAGCCACCAUUGAAGUGUGACAGCUGCAUGGCCAUGACUGACUUCUUUAUAGUGGAGGGAAGCAUAUGCAUAUAAUUAUGUCAGUGAGAAAUUAAUUAACAAUAAACUUCCUUACCAUUGCAGCUCAAUCUGUGCCCCAGUGUAUGUGCUAAUUGUAUGAUUAACACUGAUCUGCUUUUCAAUUAGGAUGCUUUCUACAAACUCCUGCUUCAUAAAUCCUGCUAGAGGACCUCUGCAUUCAGAGACAAAUUGGCUCCUGGAAAAUACCAGCAGCCCAUGGAGGCAUUGCACAAUCUCAGCUGGGAUACACAAAUCUCCAGCAAGCACCAGGCUUUGCUCAUGAUAAUUAAUUCAAAAGAGAAAGGAGGAGUUGCAUGGUGUACAACUUGAAGGCAAGUGCUUACUUUGGGGUCAGCUGCUCUUUGCUGGAACAGGCUGUGUGUGGAGAGGCCCUUGGGGUUUGUUUGGCCACAACAUGAACUGUUUCAAGGAAGUGCUUGGGGACUGAAUGGCAGAUCACGAGGGUUAUGGUCACUCCAUCAACAAACACUGUGCUGGCAUUCUUAGAAAGCAGCUGGCUGAGGUCAUGGGUGUCUUCUGGGAUCUCCCAAGGACAUGGGUCAGGAAGCACUGAUCAAGUUCAGAGCAAGGGAAAUAGUGCUGUUUUCCUUUGUUUUCUCCUUCUU